CCCACGUGAAGCAGCUGUGUUCAGCUUCGUCAUCGCAGUGGCAGAGCCUCUCUGCCUUGCUGUAGUACAGCUCGCAUUGUAAAUGAUGGGGUUAUCGAUCUGUCGUGCCGCCGUGUCAUGCUCUGCAGGGGCAUGUUUUUUGACGUUUUGAUAGGGGUAGUACGGGCACUCGUCUGUCGAAGAAACGGCAGUCUUCUUCGAUUUUUGGACCUGCUCAUCGUCGCUCAGCCGUUUGAUCUGCGUGAGACAUUGGUGGCCUGUCUCUUCUUGGCAGCUGCAAACUGCCCCUCCCUUGUUGCGGCAUACGAUACGCCUCCUGUUAUUGGCGACGCUCUCCACAAUCAUGUGGCUUCGUUCCCAGCACAGAGAGUGACCACACAAGCUGGAGACCAUCAUGGUGCCGUCCAUAAAUCCGAACCAUUGUUCGUAACUCAAACCCCCACAGCUAACUCGCAUUGUAAACGAUGGGAAUAUCGAUCCGCUUUGUUGCCGCCUCAUGUUUAGAGCGUGGGCUCUGAUGUAAAUGAUGGGGAUAUCGAUCUGAUUUGCUGCAUUUUCCUGCCUUGUUGAGGUAUUUGAUGCGCCUCCUGUUGCUGGAAACGCUCUCCACAAUCAUGUGGCUUCUUUCCCAGCACAGAGAGUGACCACAUAGACUGGAUACCAUCAUUGUUCCGUCCAUAAAUCCGAACCAUUGUUCAUAACUCACACCCCCAC